AUGGCUAAGGCUCCAAAUGGUACAAAGGAUUACGAUGAAAUGUAUAAGCUUUUACUUGUUGGCGAUUCAUCCGUUGGUAAAACAAACCUUCUCCUUCGGUUUUCCGAUAAUAGUUUCAGCAAAACCUUCAUAGCGACCAUAGGCAUUGACUUCAAAGUUCGCACCAUAGAAAUUGAUGGGAAAAAAAUUAAGUUGCAGAUAUGGGACACUGCCGGUCAGGAGCGUUUUCGAACUAUAACAACGGCUUAUUAUCGUGGUGCGAUGGGUAUCAUGCUUGUUUACGACGUUACUAAUAUAGAUUCUUACCAUAAUAUCACUACCUGGAUGAACAACAUAACCGAGCAUACCAAUGAAGGCGUAGCGAAGAUGCUACUUGGGAAUAAAUGCGAUCUGGAAGCACAAAGAGUAGUAAAGUAUGAAAAUGGUUAUAAGCUCGCUCAAUCAUAUGGAAUCAGUUUUAUUGAGACCAGUGCUAAAGGAGGUAUUAACGUCUCUGAAGCGUUUACAAUCUUGGCCCGAAAAAUAAAAACGAAGAGGGAGCAGGAGGCUAACCUUAAUAACCCACCUAGAGAAGACAUAAGAAAUAUAACCAGCAAACGACCCAAACGCCUAAUAUGGGGAUGCUCAAUAUUGUAA